CAACUCUCGUCAUCCCCUCCACCUCCAUCCUCAUCCACUUCUACCACACACGCAGUCUCUCAAAACCCUCAAAAAUCCAUUUCUCAUCCUCUUCAAUUUCUCAAUCAUGCUUCUUCGUGCUCCUUCGGCCGCCAUCUCUGUCUCUAACUCUCGAGGGGAGAAUUUGGUUCCUCUCUUUUCUGCUUCGUCGUCCUCGUCGUCUUCGAUUCUUAGGCUUUCUCCGGUUAGAAAUGGUGGUGGUUUGAUCGUUUCUGCCUCGAAGGGCGCUAACACUCGGCCAUUGACGGGAGUGGUUUUUGAGCCCUUUGAGGAGGUCAAGAAGGAGCUCAGUCUUAUUCCCACUGCUCCUCAAGUCUCGCUUGCUCGCCAGAAGUAUAGCGAUGCCUGUGAGGCUGCGAUUAAUGAGCAGAUUAAUGUUGAAUACAAUGUAUCAUAUGUAUACCAUUCCAUGUUUGCCUACUUUGAUAGAGACAACGUAGCACUCAAGGGUUUGGCCAAGUUUUUCAAGGAAUCAAGUGAAGAAGAGAGGGAUCAUGCUGAGAAAUUGAUGGAAUAUCAGAACAAACGAGGUGGGAGAGUGACGUUGGAGAGUAUGAUUAAGCCCUUGUGUGAGUAUGACAAUGAGCAAAAGGGAGAUGCCUUAUAUGCAAUGGAGCUUGCUUUGUCCCUUGAGAAGCUAACCAAUGAGAAGUUACUUCACUUGCAUAAGGUGGCUGAAGAGAAUGGUGAUGUGCAGCUGACUGAAUUUGUGGAAAGCGAAUAUUUGGGGGAACAGGUUGAAGCAAUCAAGAAAAUCUCAGAGUAUGUUGCUCAGCUAAGAAGAGUGGGCAAGGGACACGGAGUUUGGCACUUUGAUCAGAUGUUGCUUCAUGAGGGAGCAUAAACAAUGGAAUGGAGUUUGCUGCAUAGAGUUAAAGUGCAGUGAAUAUGAAAAUAAAAUGGUUCAGCUCUGGGCUGUGCUUUGGGUAUGGUUGGCUUGUGAUGAUUCUUAGUAGUUUUUAUAGGGAGAUGAUUAGGGGUAGAUGUGUGUUAGAAUUUCCUCUGGUUAACAUGUUAAUGUUUGUUUUGCUUUGGUUUUCAAAGGUUUGUUUUGACGUUGUAAUUGGAGAUUCACUCUUUUUAUUAUUAUCAUUAUCCUAUUUUUGUACCA